CUCAACUCAACAAACCCCAAAUCUGGAGAAGCCAAGUCGGGCGCAGCUUCGAUUCCGUCUGUCUCAUACGCAGCCUCCCUUUGCCCACACGCUCUCUCUCUCUCUCUCUCUCUCUCUAGAAAGGUAUAAUAUUUUCUGAUAUGCGGUAGAACAAAGCAAUCUUACUCGGUGCUUUCGACAAUGGAAGGGAAUUCAUCGCGCCCCAACCUGAAGCGCCCCUUCUUCGAAGUCGAAGACGGCGACGACUCCAACAAACCCCCCACGCAAAAGAGGAUUAGGUUUCCGAAGGGCAAGAAGGUUAAGCAAGGAGAUGAAGUGGUGGACAGAGGUGAAGCUGAGGAUGCUCCGAACGAUUUGAUGAAUCCCCGCCUUGCUGCCAAAGAGCGUGCAAAGCGUCGGAGUCAGUUCACUGCUGAACUCUUUACUGAAGAAAGUAGAGGCAUACUUAAUGAUGUUGUGGCAGCUGAAGUUGAUUACAAGGAUAAUGAGAACUUUGAUGAUGAUGGGAUUCAAAUAGAACCUUUCAAUUUAAACAAAGAGAGGGAAGAAGGUUAUUUUGAUGCAGAUGGAAAUUUUGUUGAAUAUGUCAAUGAUAAUGAAAUCAAGGAUGCAUGGCUUGAUAGUGUUGACGUUGAACCAAAAUAUGCGGGAAAAGCUACCGCAACAAACAAUGAAGAUGAUGUCCUUGAUCUUUCUUCUGAAGACAUCGGAAAGAUAAAGAGGCGUAUUACCGAUCUACUUGAGCCAGGAGAAACGGUUUUACAAGCUUUGAGAAGGUUAAAGGGAACUUCAAACAGGAAAGAGAAGAUGUCAGCUGAAACAAAGAUGGUAUUUGACCAGCUUACUGAAGAUGCAAUGAAGCUGAUGGAGAAUGGUGAACUUGAUGUGUAUCAUGAAAAGCGUGAGGUCUUUGAGCGUGAGGCAGAAGGUUAUGAGAGAUUAGCUAAGGCGAGAUGGGAGGGCACAUCAAUAAGUGCAGGUCAGGGAAAUUCUAAUUAUUCCAACAUAGGGAGGGGCUUACUCUCUGAUGUAACAGAUCCUAGAGUAUCCUCUACAGUGCUCCCUGAUCCUGUUGUGGAUAUUUCGAAUCCAAAUGCAUCUACUGCUGAAACAUCUAGCAACGAUGCUGAUGCUUUUGAUAUGUUUGCGGAUGAUGAUGAGCAUGCUACUGCUAAACCAUCUUUUGAUGGAAGUAAUGUGGUUUCUGGACCUAAUUCUGAUGCAGUCAGCCAACCAUCAGCAGACGCCCUAAACACUGAUUCAGACAGUAGAGAUUUGCACAAUGAUUAUGUGUAUGACGAGUCAACUGGGUACUACUAUAGCAGCAGUUUAGGGUAUUAUUAUGACCCAUCUACAGCACUUUUUUGCUCUGCAGCAUCUGGGCAAUGGUAUUCAUAUAAUGAGGAGACUGGCACAUAUGAUGUUCACCAGGUUGUAUCCAAUGGGAACUGAAGGAGAGAGUUUUACUGCUCUGCUUGAGGGCUUUGUACAGUUCAUGGAAUAUAGAGUUGAAAUCUGUGACAUUGGAUAAUCAGAUAGAUUUUACAUGAGAUCCCUUGUUUUCUUCAAAUGGAAAUCUAACCUUAGUUCUGGAUUUUCUGGGUGUACUGUUGUAGUUUAGGUUCUUGGGAGGCAUUGAAAAAGAUUUUCAUUUCACAUCUAAUUUAUCUAAAGAUUAUAUAUCUUGAUUGAUCCAAUACCAUCUCUGAGGAA